GCAAACACAGCUGCAGAACCUCUUUUCAGGCAUUGCAGGCAAACCAACCCUAUUAAUUCAUGGCUUCAGAAACUUCCGAGCGUACACCGCUCCUGGGCGGCCACCAGCCGGCUCGCCAUGAUGCCGUUACCUCUCCUACUGGGAAGGACAGGCAACCGAUAGCAGACGCGCAGGACCGUCAUGGACGCUGGGUUCGCGAUCUCGUCGUACGAUUGCACAACCUUCUCCGAGUGCACGUUGAGAAGCGGAUUUUGUUCGCCGGCUUCCUUAUCACGCUGUCCUUCAGCUUCACACAGGUACCCAUAUUCUACGCGUUCCACCUCAUGGAAUGUGACGUAUUCUACGAGAACCACCCGCCGUAUAAUGGCCCUGGUGAUCGAUGCAGCCGCAACGAGAUCGCUGCAGGGACAGCAACCCAGUACUCCAUCCUGGGCAUGACUACAACCUUUUGCGGCACCAUCAACCUCUUCGUCGCUGGUUGGACGGCCAAGCGGAUCGGCCCUCGCGCAGCCCUCAUGGUGCAAACCUUUGUCCCGGCAAUCCGCGUGGCGACCCAAGUUCUGGGCGUCCUCGCCGGCGGCCAAGCCGGGAUCGACAUUUUCCAGUACACCCAGUUGAUCACCAUCAUCGGAGGCCCGGUCGGGUAUAUCUUGGUAGCCAAUAUCAUCGCCGGCGAAGUGGUCGAGCCGUUGCGGCGGACCGCCGUGUUCGGCAUGCUCCAGGGGUGUAUCAUGCUCGGGCAAGGGAUUGGGUACCUCACCGGAGGUAUGAUCGGUGAUACUUGGGGCAUCCGCCGACCGUUUGAAGUAGCCUUUUUCUCCUUCUUGUUGUCAACCACCUACGUGCGUUUCGCAAUGCCAUACAUCACCCCCGAAUCCGUCUCCGGCGGAUCGAAAUCGGACGCGAAGGGUAUCGCAGCAUUUCUUUCUCCGUUGCGCGUCCUGCUGCCCCAGAAGGUCAUCCUCGAGUCUGGAGCGCUGGCCAAGCAUUAUGGCGUCCUCUUCUUGUGCGCCGGAGUCUUUCUCGGGGUAUUGGCUACUGGGUACGCGCCCUUGCUGAUUCAGAUGUAUGCUACGGCGGUUUUUGAGUUCAAGCAAAGCGACAAUGGUUGGCUCAUGUCCGGGUUUGCUUUCAUGCGGGCCGCGUUCCUGAUAUUCCUCUUCCCUUACAUUAUCAACAAGGGUCGAAGGUGGUACUUGGCUCGGGAGCGUCAAGGGGCAGGCGGAGGAGAAACUGAAGACUGCGAGCCUGCCCGCCUCGCAACGAACCCGGAAGAACUUGAAGCCCCAAUGGGCAGCCUUGCGGAGGAGGAGCCUGUCGCGUCCGCUGAAGUGAAGGAGGACGAAGGCACUGCCUUUGACCUUUUCUUCCUGCGCAUAAGUCUGGUUGUCGACGGCAUACUGACUAUGUGUGCGGCAUUUGCUACCAAAGGCUGGCACAUUUAUCUCGCUGCUUUCUUGCUCCCCUUCGCCUCGGGUUCGGCGCCGGCAGCCAAGGGCGUCAUGACCGAGAUGUGCUCGGCGUCAAGGAGAGCAGACGCGCUGAAUGCCUUGACGCUUGUUGAGAAUAUAGCUCGGUUGGCAACCCAAGGGUUAUUCGGUUUUGUAUUUGCAGCCCUGGCACAAGUCGGGAAACCGCAUCUGACAUUCUUCGCUAACGCGGCCAUUGCGCUGCUCGCAUCAUCCGUUCUCCUACUGUCCCGCUUCCCACCAGAUGGGAGCAGACUUGCGGAGGACGAUGGGAAUGCGGAGAGCUCGGCUGAGCGCCAACAACCCGAGUCCCGGCAAGCACGGCAACAUUGACACCUAAGCGUAAGC